AUGUCCUAUUUUCCUGGUUGUUCCGGAAAUGCAGAUAGCGAUGAAGAUUACACAAGUGAACCAGAUCAACCUUUUGAGUUGUCAUUUCAUUCUCCCUUAACAUGUCUAGAUGAAGAAAAUGAGUUAUUGUAUGAACUUAGGAAUACUGCUCAACAGCUUGCAGUACAGAACAGAAAGUGUUUGGAACCUUCAACAAAUUUGUUUGAAGUUCCAAAAGUUCAUAAGAAAUUGGAGGAAUCAGGAACCUCAUCUGCUGAAGAUGAACCUGUCUGUUCUCGUUAUUAUUCGUCUUUGGAUUUGACUAUUCCAUCUUCUGUAUUUUCUUUAAAGAAUUGUCACAAAAAGGAUUGUACCGAGUGUAAUGCUAAAGUUGAUGAGUUAUUUCUGAAGCUAAAGGGCACACCUAAGCGGAAACAACCUGAAAGCAAUCAAAAUUCAGAUGUCACUUCUGAAGAAACGAGUCCUCCAAAGAGAAAGAAACAAAGGAAACAUAAGAAGAAGGAACCUGAUUCUGGAAAGAAAGAGAAAACACCUAGCUCAGAAGACAAAACCUAUGUAACAUCAGAGUCAGAUGAUGAGAAGCCUGUGGAGAAGCCGAAACGCAAGCAUAGGAAGAAAGUUAAUGAUCUCACUGACACGAAGAAAGAAACGGGUUCCCCUUCAAAGAAGUCUAAUAAAAGUGGUAAGAAUGACAAAAGAGGAAAGGAUAAGACAAACGUUGUUUCUACUGAUGAUGAAGAUUCUGAAAGUUCAGCAAAAAAGAAGUCUGAGAAACAACAGAAGGAUGGUAAAGUGUCUAAAGAAACUAAGGGAGACAAUAGUAAGACACCGAAGAGUUCUUCAGAAGACGAAAUUCAAUCAAAGGGAGGGAAAUCGAAGAAAACUAAGCCAAAGAAGAAAAGAGACACAGAUGAAGAGGAUGAAGAUUCUUCUGAUGAAGAUGCCCAUAACACAAAGAAAGAACAGAAUAGAAUGCGUCAAAUCAAGAGGAGGAACAUGAUGUCAAAGGAAUCAAAGGAACGUAUGAAUCUCAAAUCCAAGUUAAGAAUGAGAGAAUUACGAGCCCUUGCAAAUAGAAGAAAGAAGGAUAAUGAACGUAUUAAACAGCGGUAUAGAAGAAAGGUUAAUCGUCUUGUUUCAAACGAUACCGAGCAGUUUUUGGAAUCCAUGGACAUUUUGCAGUAUAAUUUUGAUAUAUAUAUGAAACGGCUAACUUACUAUCAUUGUGAAAUAUGUCAGAAAAAACAAUAAGUGGAUAACGUCCAGAAAAAGCCUUGUAGAAACUGUUAUCUCUUUACUGCUGAAAAUAACAUGGAUCCAAUGAUUGUGCCUGAAUGUUUGAAGUCACUUUCUUAUGUUGAAAAGCAACUAAUAGCUAGAGUGCAUCCCGUUGUCUCUUUGUAUAAAAUUAAGGACUGUCAAUAUAAGUAUUCGGGUAAUGUCAUUAAUUUCCCACAAAAGGUACAAUGUAUUGCAGAUGCAUUACCUCAUAACAUCAAUGACCUUAGUAGUAUUAUCACAAUACGGCUUGAUAAUUCUGAAGGUCACAAAGACUUUCUCGUUAGGCGUAAAGCUGUGACAGAAGCGUUAGUGUGGCUGCAAAAAAACAAUCCUUUCUACAAAAACGUUGUCAUAAACCACCAAAGAUGUAAAGA